AUGACUUUCAUCUCUGAUGCGUCGUCUCUUACUUUCCGCCAUGACAACGAGACCUUACGCUUAGACGCAUGGGGCCCAAAUGCAAUCCGCAUCCGUUCCACGCGUGAGCCGUCCUUCCCCGCAGAUAAUUGGGCUCUUGAUGAAACCGUGCCCGCGUCUGUGAAGCUCUCCAUCGCGCACGACAAAACUGGUACCCUGAGCAACGGCAAAAUUACCGCCACGUUAUCGGCUCGUGGCAAACUUCUUCUUACCAAUCAAAAAGGGGAGAUAAUAUUGGAAGAAUUUUCGCGGAGCCGUGUUGACCCAACUGAUCCCAAGGCCAGCGCUCUGCGCAUAGAGCCCAGAGAGUUCAAGCCCCGGUUAGGAUCCGAAUCAUGGCACGUCACUGCCCGAUUUGAGUCUCUCGAUCCGAACGAAAAGAUAUAUGGCAUGGGUCAGUACCAGCAGCCUUAUCUGAAUCUUAAGGGCGCCGACCUAGAACUUGCCCAGCGCAACUCGCAGGCCAGCAUCCCAUUUGCCAUUUCCUCCCUAGGAUACGGCUUCUUGUGGAAUAACCCGUCUGUUGGCCGCGCUGUUUUUGGGAAGAAUAUGACGACCUUUGAGGCUACAUCCACUCGCAUCUUGGACUACUGGAUUGUUGCUGGAGACACCCCCGAGGAAAUCCUGAGAGCAUACACAGACAUCACGGGCAAAGUCCCUGAAAUGCCGGAGUAUGGCCUCGGAUUUUGGCAGUGCAAACUGCGCUAUCAAACUCAGGAGGAGAUUUUGAAUGUCGCUCGCAGGCAUAAAAAGGAACUCGGCCUCCCGAUGGAUGUUAUCGUUGUGGACUUCUUCCACUGGCCUAAAGAAGGAGAAUGGAAGUUUGACCCAACCUUUUGGCCCGACCCUGGUAAGCUAGCACUUUGCUUUCCCUUUUUCCUGCUCUUUGUUGGUGGAUUCCAAAGCCACACGAUGGUAUUUGCUUACACUCUUGCAGAGGCCAUGAUUGCGGAGCUUAAGUCUCUCGGGAUUGAGCUCAUGGUCUCAAUCUGGCCUACCGUCGACCGGCUUUCAGAGAACUACGAGGAAAUGGUCACUAAGGGGCUUUUGAUUCGCCAAGACCGUGGCUUGACCCUUGCAAUGGAAGGCCAUACCAGCUGCAGCCAUUUUGAUGCCACGAACCCGGCCGCGCGCUCUUACGUCUGGUCCAAGGCUAAAGCUAACUACUUUGAUAAGGGGAUUAAGGUCUUCUGGCUUGACGAAGCGGAACCAGAAUAUACAAUGUACGACUUCGACAAUUAUCGCUACUACAAGGGCCCGAACCAGAUGAUUGGAAACUCAUAUCCAAAGUUCUACAGCCAAGGCUUUUACGAGGGCAUGAGAGAGGCUGGGCAGGACAAAGUCGUGAAUCUUGUCCGAUGUGCGUGGGCGGGUAGCCAGAAGUACGGUGCACUGCUCUGGUCUGGAGAUAUCGCCAGUAGCUGGGGAUCCUUCCGCGACCAGAUUGCCGCUGGCUUGAACGCCGGUCUGGCGGGAAUGUCCUGGUGGACCACCGAUAUUGGCGGAUUCCACGGAGGUGAUCCCAACGACCCUGAUUUCAGAGAACUCUUUGUUAGGUGGUUCCAAUGGGGUGCCUUUUGCCCGGUUUUCCGCCUUCAUGGUGACCGAGAGCCACGACAGCCACAGUUCGGUAACUCGGGAGGAAGCUGGUGUGCUUCGGGCGCAAACAACGAGGUCUGGUCCUAUGGCGAGGAAGUUUUUGCUAUUUGCAAGGCCUACAUAUUACUCCGUGAGAGGCUCAGAGACUACGUUCGCGGUAUCAUGAAUGAGGCUCACAUCAAAGGUGACCCCGUUAUUCGGCCGUUGUUCUACAGCUUUCCCGGAGACAAAAAGGCAUGGGAGGUAGAGGAUCAAUACAUGUUCGGAAACAAAUAUCUAGUUGCUCCUGUUCUCAAGCAUGGACAGCGGGAGCGCCGUGUGUAUCUACCUGAGGGUGCGUCGUGGAAGCAGUUUACAGUUUCGGGUGAGGUGACAGGAGAGGCAAAGAACGGUGGGGAGACGGUUGAAGUUGCUUGUCCUAUUGGAUACAUGCCUGUUUUUGAGCGUGUAUAA